AUGCCUUCAUUAAACUCAACAAUCUUCCACGCCUAUGCCUACGGCACAGCGUUCUGGUAUGGCCUUCGUGGAGCAUGCCGUGUUUAUGACCCACUGAUGGUCGUUGGCUGGUUUCGGCCUCCCUCCCAAGCCAACCUUGCCGCAAACGAUCUCGAACUCUACAACGUCCGCAACGAUGGCUGGUGCCUCAUCACUCUCGCCCUAAUCCUUGUCUCUUUCACCAACGCCGUUCCUUUGUCUCCAGCCCCGAAAGCGAUCCAGAGUGCCGACGCGCUCAAGUAUAACAGGGGCAAUGGAGCUUUGCCCUACGCAAAAGCGGUUAUUGCUGCGACUGUAUUCCACCAUAUCACCACCGGCAUUGGUGCAUACCAGCACUACAAGCUCGAGAGUCACUACAACACCAGCAUGGGCAUUGGUGUUUGGGGCAACGUAUGGUUGACGUUGACCGGGCUAUUCACAUUGCUCUUUCUGCAGAGUGGCAAGGGGGAUGAGGAUGUUGAAGAGGUUGUGAAGAAGGCCAAAUAA